AUGGCGAGAGCUUACUCCAGCCAGCCCAAUUCAGUCUCUGAAGUCAAUGCCUGUGUUUCUACCAUUGAAGGCCGGCGGAUGACGAAGGUGAAGCCAACGCCGGAGACCAAUUUUCGACAAUGGGUGCUGCAGAACCAGAUAGGUAUCUGCGUCACUAUCCUCACAAUGAUAUUCGCCCUUCACAACCUCUACCCGUCGCUGAGGCCGUACACCUCCCCAUUUCUGCAAUUGCCGCACUACCAGCCUGAGAAGGGUACAUAUGUCCAGGGCUGGGAUGAUAUCUAUUUUGUUAUGGGGGCCGUUCUCGCUUUCACCGCCGUCCGAGCGAUUGCCAUCGAAUGGAUCUUCCAGCCCCUUGCCCGCAGAUACGGCUUGAAACACAAAGCCUCUGUCCGGCUGGCGGAGCAAGGCUGGAUUCUCGUUUAUUAUUUUGGCUUCUGGGCUUACGGAGUGAUCCUUGUUAUCAACAUUGAGGAGAGACGCAAAGAUUAUUGUCAGAUGCUGGUCCAUCACAUAGUCACAAGCACCCUGUUAGGGUCUGCUUACGUCUAUGGCUUUUAUAAUGUCGCCAACGUCGUCCUCUGCAUUAUGGACAUUGUUGAUUUUCUGCUGCCGGCCGCAAAAAUCUUCAAAUACCUCGGGUACGAACGUGCCUGCACGGUGGGCUUCAUAGUCUUCCUUGUCACUUGGGUAAUCUCCCGCCAUAUCGUCUACAAUCUCCUCUGGUGGUCUAUCUAUAUCAACGUCCCAGACGUUAUGCCCUAUGGUUGCUACUCUGCAACUACAACCGAGAUGAUUUCACCCGCUGCAAACGCCACCCUAGACGGCGCCGCAUCCAUAGACCUAAACAACUGGAGCCACCUCCUCCAGCCAUUCCGAGAUCUGGGCGGUCGCAUUUGCAUGAGUCCACGCGUCAAAUGGGUUUUCCUCUCUUUCCUGUUAUUCCUGCAGAUCCUCGCGAUUUUAUGGUUCACGAUGAUUCUACGUGUAGCUGUCAAGGUUCUGAAGAGUGGGUCGGCAGAGGAUUCGCGGAGUGAUGAUGAGGAAGAAGAUGACGAAGAGGUGGAUUCGCAAAAUUUAAGGACGGAAGGGAAUGCUGGUGUUAGGGAUGGUGGUCGUGGGAAUGGCACGGCGAUCGUGUCUGGGAGUUCUGUCUCAUCAUCCUCGGGGCAAGGUCAUCAUCCCGUGCGAAUCAGGACCGGACGAGGACGAGUUACCUUGACUGAUCAAAAUGACCGGAAAGCGCUGUUGGGACGGAUUGGGUGUGAUAAACCCACGUGA